AUGCUAAUGCUGACUGGAAUAUAUAGACACGUCGAGCGGAUUUAUCGACCGAGAUCGUUUGCCAGGGCGACCCAUAUGCCGACGCGACAGCAUGGUGCGGAAGAAAAAAUAGACACGCAGAACGAAGAUAAGAUGAACGUCACGUGGUGGGAUCUUAUCGCAUGUCCUUUCCAAGCACUUCCGAGCCUCGUUACCCAGUCCAGUCAGCUCGAGAUGCAGUUGAAUUUUACUGGCGCCUUUGGCCACGGCUCGUGUGCUCACUGUUCUCGCCCGCUGUCCCUCAACUCUCGCCUACUGGUUGUCCUUGUCUGGGUCAUCAUUGACAGCGGGAUCGAUGCGGCGUGCAUGGACACUUGCAUGCGGUGUGGAUCCUCAUCGCCACGGCUGUGUGUUGAAACUGAAUGUUCGCGUUUGCCCCACCGACUAGGGUCUGUUGGAGCUCCCUUGCUUCCAUUCCGACUUUCGGCGAGAGUAGCUGAUCCUUCGGGGGUUUCCCCGUCACCUAAUGGCAUAUAUGACUUUGAAGUGAACUCUGUCCUUGUACUGUUCGAGCUGUCAAGUCAAUGCCGUCCGUCAGCUUCCAAUAGGCUCGGUUUCAUUCCGGCUGACGAGCACAGUGAUCUGAUAGCGGACAAGAUGGUGAUGAACGGGAUAGUGGUGGUAUUGGUAUUCGUACUGGCGGAAGAUGUCGGUGUCGGUGCCGGGAUUUCGGACCGGGCUAUAUUACCCGGUGCAAAGCGCUCCGCCAAAAAUUUUAGCAGACAAGUCUACAAUGACACCCUCACCAUCGAUGACGACGCGCAGAUCCAUACGCACGGGCCACUCCCGACGGGUAUACAAGGCGCGCAUGUCCAAAGAACCUUGAUCACUCCCUGGUUGCCCCCCUGUUCUGCUACUCUUACAACUCGCGUGCUAUGCCGCCUUAGUGACGAACAGGUUCACCUUGCACCGAGAUUCUCUACAGUUUUGUGCCAUUCUUCGCCAGCCUCCCGCUUUUGCCGGUAUUCUGAAUUAAAUCCGUUCACCCUGUCUCCUUUCAUAACCCCUCCGAGGAUAACGGAGUACGGCUCGAGUUCGAGGCUCACUGUGGCGGCGCAUUGUCAGACAAACGCAUCCAUGGUCAACGGCGUAGCACCGUUUGAUUGGCGACACGCUCGAACGCUUAAGCCCUCGGAAGGCGCCUAA